AUGAUCCCAGCGUUCGAGGUGGAGUGUGUGAAGGAGGCCAAGGUCCAGGGUGUGACUCUGCCGACUGAUUGGUCGGUCAGAGUCCUGCUGGAGGAACUCAGAGAGGUGAUGACAGACAUCCAACGAGCUGUGCUGAAGACGGCUGCCAGUCUACGUCACAGACCAGAUGAAGGCUGGCUUUUUGCUUCCAUCCCAUCAGGUUUACUGACAGCUGUGCUGGCCAAUCACUGGCUAGAUGACAGUGCUGCUGGAGACGAUCAGGCCCCCCUUCUCUCUCUGCUGGGCGGCCACUUUGAAUUGGUCCUCCAGUCAUGUCGCUCGGGUCACAGAGUCCCCGAGCCCGCCAUGUUCAGCUCUGCUCUGCAGCACCUGGGAGUGACGUCACACAUGCAGGUACAACAGGCGCUGUGGUUGGAUGCAGAUGAGCAAGGCGUGAAGGCAGCAGAGGGAGCGGGGAUGAAGGCCAUCUUGGUGGAAAAUCUGUACGUUCUGAACAAACUGGCUAACUUUACUGGAGUUCAGGUGUGGACCAAAACUGUUUAUCCUAUACUUUAA